CCCGGAAGGCUGUAUGGCCGAUGGGAUGUGUAAAAACAUAUAUUUUUUAAAUCCUAUGGAGAAACAUCUACGGAAAGGAGACCUAUUGUCCUGCUUAUUUAUGGAGUCUUAUUUCUACAUCUUAUUUGCAUUGCGUCUUGUUCCAAGGCGAUUUACCAUAAUUCUAGGUGUGCGUACGAUAAUGGUGGUUGAAUUAAAGAGUGGGGUUCUUGUUGAGGGUGUUGGUGUAGUUAUGGUGACUUGGGAUGACAGAUGGGAGUGGUGGAGUUGAGGGGUUGGGGUAGUGAAGGAUGUUCAAGCACACCAAUAUGGGUUAGAUCGCGUAAUGCAAUCUAACCCAAAACACCUCUAUUAUCUGGAACAUUUUCAUUGAGUUAAAGGCCAAAGUCCACUGAGCCGAGCCGCACCCUCCACGUCUUCAGUCAGGGGGAGAACCCCGACGCGAGCCUCAAGGGGAGUCCAUCGCCUCUCGCUCACAUCCACACAUCCGUGUGGACAACUCCUGGGCCAUGUCUCCAUUUCGCCUGCUCACCACACUCCUAACCUUCACACUCAUGCUGAUGGCUCCACUCUCUGCAGAGGGCAAUCAAGGUGGCUGUCCCCCAGGAAGGUACAGAACCGAGACUAACUUCUGCUGCAAGCUGUGCCCCUCAGGAACGUCUAAGGACGAAGAUUGCAGAUCUGAUGGAGAGUUUCCGGUCUGCAUGUCAUGUGCCAAUGGAGACUCAUUCACAGCCUCGGCAAACAACCUGAGCAGCUGUAACGCAUGCAAAGUCUGCGAAGAGCAAAAUGAGAUUUUAGAGCAUCCUUGCACCACCAUUCACGACACGGUGUGCACGUGCCCAGAGGGACUACAAAGAGCAAGCCAGUCCCUGCUUUGUGAGGAAAUCAAAGGCUCAAGGGGUUGGAUUGUGGCUCUCGUCAUCGUCAUGAUCGCUACUCUGUGUGGAUUUGCCGGCCUCGUAUAUUGGAUAAAGAGAUCUAAAAUGCGUCCACAUGCAGCAGGGGCCACCGAUGUGGAGCUGCAACCGCUACAAGAGGAGAACCACCCCGAGCCACCCACAGAGGAACCACAGGUGGAGGUUGUCGUUGUGAGAAACGCCGUGGAGAUGAUCCAAGAGAAGAUGGCCUCGAGUGGAGGUGCCGUGUGGACGUGGCUGAGUGACCGCCGCUCAGAGCUGCUGGAAUGUGGAGGCGGUGGGGUCGGGCCCCACCUCUUGCUCGACCUCUUCCUGCGGGAGCUCAUCGACGAGGCCGAGUCCUGGAAGGCACGCGGCCUCCCUGAUGCGUCGCGACGGGCACACUACGUCAUCGCCCUCGUGGUAGACAGAGGAGAGGAGGCCUGCGGGAAGUUCAGGGACAUUUACGAGGACUUCAGUAGCAGGAAGAGAACAUUUCUAGACAUGCAGAGUCAGGCUGACAUCUGCUCACCAACAUUCGACCCGAACACAGCAAACGAGAUGCUCCUCCUGUCCACGGACCUCAAGACGGUGACGAGAGCAACUCAUGCUCAUCCGUACCCAAAGCACGGGGAUAGGUUUGUGAGUCACCCCCAGGUGCUGUGCUCGGAUAAAUUUCUCUCCAGCCUCCACUACUGGGAGCUGCACGUGGGCUGUGCAGAGCAAUACAUGGUAGGUGUCGUUGGUGGGAAGGAUUUUUUCAAAACCCAAGAGAGUGUAAAAGAUCUGGGACACAGCGCUGCGUCCUGGUGCGUGUGGAGACGCGACGCUGAGCUCGUGGCUGCUCACGAUGGAGAAGUCACCGUGCUGAACCCGCCAGUGCCUCCCCAGCGAAUCGGGCUUCACCUGGACUGUGACAAUCUGAAGCUCAUGUUUGUUUGUGCCGAGACCAUGACGCCUCUGCACACUUUUACACUGAAGUGGGUACGCCGUUUAGAAUUAACAUACAAGCUUCCUUUUUAUCCUGCCAUGUGGCUGCACAGCGGAUCGAUCACCAUAGCCCAACCCCUCACUCGUGAGAAAAGUCCAAAACCUCUAUCUGGAUCUAAGGCAGAGCGCUAUCAGAUGGCACCGCUGCUGUCUAGGAGACCCUAUCUCUUCCUGCAUGAGAUGUUGAUGCAGGGCCACAUCAAGGAGCACGUCUACUGGACGGCGUACACGCACAAAAAAGACCCCUACAAGUGCCAAGAUUUCAUAGAGAGUGAAGUUAAAAACGAACAUAAGGCUGAGGAGCUCAAUAUGAUGGUGAAAGCCUUUAAAGAGAAUGAAACGGGCUUUCUCUCCAUGCUACAAUCGUCAGAAAGGUGCUCUCCCACCGUGAACCCCAAUUCCGUGAACUCCGACCUCCGCCUCUCCGUCGACCUCAGGACAGUGACUCUGUCCUCCGAGCGCCACUCUUACCCCCACCACCCCGAGCGCUUUGAGAACUCUGCUCAGGCGCUGUGCCGCGAGGGCUUCUCCAGCGGCGCGCACUACUGGGAGGUGGACGUGGGCGGCGCGGAGCAGUUCAGAGUGGGCGUCGCGUGCGCCACUCUGCCGCGCGGAGGGAGCGCGGAGGCGCAGCUCCUGGGCGCGGGCGCGGACUCCUGGUGCCUGUGGAGACGCGAGGGCGGCUACGCGGCGAGCCACUGCGGCUGCCACACCGCACUGGCGGCCGUGCGCCCUCCUCCCAGGAAGAUCGGCGUUCACCUGUGUUGGGAAAAGGGGCUCCUCUCGUUCUACUGCGCCGACACCAGGAGGCGGCUGCACUCAUUCAAUGCCACCGCCUUCCCAAGCCAUCUCUACCCCGCCCUGUGCGUGCACAAGGGGACGGUCACCAUACUUCGCCUGAGUCUACGGGUUGAGGAGGAUGAAGGAGUGACUGGUGAGGUGGGGAAGAGUAAUGAUGAGGAGAGAGCAGAAGAGAAUGGUCGUCAAAGUAAGGCUGGAGUAGCGAGUGAUGUGGGAGAGGGUGGAGGAGUGAAGAGUGAGGUGGGGGAUAGUGGGGCAGGGAAGAGCGAGGGGUGGGAGAGCGCGAGAGUGAACCCUGACCCCGAGGCGCAGGAUGGAGGAGCAGUGGUAAAUGCUGCAGGGGAGAGCGGCGAUGCGACAAAGGAAGAUGUGGAGACUUUUACAGACAACGUGAAAAGUAAAGUUAUAAAGAAGAACCUUGUUGGAAAAUUAUUGAGUAAGGCAGGAAUAAAGAGUGAUGAGCAUAGCACUAAGGCAAUGAAGAGUGAUGUUGGAGAGGAUGAGAGAGUGAAGGAGAGUGAAGGAGAGAAGAGCGAUGUGAGUAGGAGCGGAGUCGUAGAGAUCGAAGUGGAGGGUGGAGGAGCAGUAGAAAGCACUGAUAGGGAGAGUGGCGAUGCGAAGAAGGGAGCGGCGGCGACUUUAAAAGACAACGUGAAAAGUAAAGAUAAGAAGAACCUUGUUGGGAAAGUUUUAAGCAAGGCAGGAAUAAAGAGCUAUGUGCGUAGUGGUGAGGCAGUGGAGGCUGAGGUGGCGCAGGGUGCGAGAGUGAAGGAACGUGGAGGACAGAAGAGCGGAGGAGAGAAGAGUACCGUGGUGAAGAGUGAAGAAGGGAAAGUCGACGGGUGCAAGAGUGAAGGAGAGACGAGCGAUGUGAGUAAGAGUGGAGUUGUAAAGAACGAGGUGGGGGCUGGAGGAGCAUUAGAAUUCACCGCUGGGGAGAGUGGGGACACGGUGAAGGGAGCUGAGGGUUCUGUAAAGCACAUCAUGAAGGAAUAACGCAGAACUUUGGGAAAGUUUUGAGUAAAGCAGCAAUAAAAAGCGGUGUGCGAAGCAGUGAGGGAGUGGAAAGUGAGGUGGGGCAGGAUGAGAGAGUAAAGGAGAGUGUUGUGAAGGAGAGUGAAGCAUCAUCGACCGAGUUGAGGGUGGAUGAAUGGGGGUAAAUGGUGCUAGGGAAGUGAAGGAAACUGCGAGGAGUGGAGGGAAUAAUUAAGAGAAUGAAUGGAGAGUGCAGACAAUUAUGGGGGCAGUUUAUUGGUACUUGACAGGAGCUUCGAGUGAGGUGGGAGAGGUUGAAGUAAAGGAGAGCGAUGCUGGGAAUGGUGCAGGAGAGAAGAAGAGUGGGGAGGAGGUGGUGGAGGAGGGGAGAGGGAAGAGCGUGGGAGUGGAGGGACACAAAACGCCGACUGUGCAGGCGUUGAGAAUUCAGAUGAAGACUUCGCCCCGUGAUGAAUCCAGAUUCUCAAGUGCAGAGAAUUGAUGGCUCCACGCAGCGUAGCACCACGUUAUCUUUGUUUUUGACGUAACUCAUCGUAUUCAUAAUAAAGGGUUUUGUGUUACAUCGCGUGAAUAUAAAUGUGUCGUUAACCCACCACCACCUGACAGCAAAUUCGUAAGGUUUGUUACAUCAACAAAACGUGCCAAUCAGCUAUUAUAAGAAUUGGUUUUCCCCUUUUUUCUGCCAACAAAAUUAAAAAAUUUAUACUAAGAAUCAUGUCUCCAUUAACCACAAUGCUUGUGGUCAAGUACCCCCCCCCCCCACCCCCCACGUGGUCUUUCUGUCCCCCUCCACAGAAACCAUGGACGCGUUGUGUCGGAGGUUGUGCGAAUACCACAAUUUAGAAACAUUUUUAAAAGUCACAGCAACGCUAGCAAAUUUCCUGAUGUGGGGUUUUAGUGGUAUAGGCGGUAGAGCAGUGACGAUUCGGGUUCAUAGUACGGAGAUGAUUUUCACGUCGAUGAUUAUCAAGUUAAUUUUCACUGUGUGUCUCGGCCUCGCUGUGCACUGCGUUGCACCG